GCGAGAAGAGAAAAAAAUAACGCUAAAGCAAGACAUUUACCGCGAGGAAUAGAAAGCCGUAUAGAAAAUGUCCAGCACGGAAGAUUUCUACCUCCGUUACUACGUCGGCCACAAGGGCAAGUUUGGCCAUGAGUUUCUAGAGUUCGAGUUCCGGCCGGACGGUAAGCUGCGGUACGCAAACAAUUCCAACUACAAGAACGACACCAUGAUCCGGAAGGAAGCGUACGUGCAUCAGGCGGUAAUGGAGGAGCUGAAGCGCAUCAUACUCGAUUCGGAAAUUAUGGCGGAAGAUGAUUCGCUGUGGCCACCGCCAGAUCGUGUUGGACGACAGGAGCUAGAGAUAGUGAUAGGCGAUGAGCACAUCUCGUUUACCACCUCGAAAACGGGUUCGCUGGUGGACGUCAAUCAGUCCAAAGAUCCGGAAGGGCUUCGCGGUUUCUACUAUCUCGUGCAGGAUUUAAAGUGUCUAGUGUUUUCGCUCAUCGGGCUGCACUUUAAAAUUAAACCAAUCUAACGUGGCUACGGUGCAGUAUCAAAUCAUUUUCCGUUCACACAUACCCA